UCCCCGGCCCGCCGGCCCGCCCGCCUGCGGAGACUCCCGGGUCCCGCGCUGGGCUGGGCACGGGGCCGGCCGCCUGGGCGACCUGGCGGACCUGGCGGGCGCCGGGGGCGGCCCCGGGCGUUCCUAGGAAGGCGGCGCGGCGCGCGCGAGGAGGAUGCGGCAGCAGGCGCGGCGGCGGGCGGGGGAGUAGGCGGCGGUGCCCUCAGGAGGCAGCCGCGCGCGGGCCAGACGGCUCCCGAGGCUCCGCAGUGCCGCCGCUGUCGCCCGGGAAGCUCCGCUCGGGGCCAUGUAAGGCGGCGGCAGACUCUGGGCGGCUCCGUCCUUCUCCAGCUCCCGGCCAGCGCGGCAGCGGGGCCACGAUGAAGAAGCAGUUCAAUCGCAUGCGCCAGCUGGCCAACCAGACUGUGGGCAGGGCAGAAAAGACCGAAGUUCUGAGUGAAGAUCUUCUUCAGGUGGAGAAGCGCCUGGAGCUGGUGAAGCAAGUCUCCCACAGCACGCACAAGAAGCUCACCGCAUGUCUCCAGGGCCAGCAAGGGGCAGAGGCUGACAAGCGUUCCAAAAAAUUGCCUUUGACAACACUGGCUCAGUGUUUGAUGGAAGGGUCAGCUAUCCUGGGAGAUGACACACUUCUUGGGAAGAUGCUGAAACUCUGUGGAGAGACAGAGGACAAGCUGGCUCAGGAGCUGAUUCAUUUUGAAUUGCAAGUAGAGAGAGAUGUGAUUGAGCCCCUGUUUCUGCUGGCUGAGGUGGAAAUCCCAAAUAUUCAAAAACAAAGGAAACAUUUGGCAAAGUUGGUGCUGGACAUGGAUUCUUCACGAACAAGGUGGCAGCAGACUUCCAAGUCUUCAGGUUUGUCCAGCAGCUUACAGCCUGCGGGUGCCAAAGCUGAUGCCCUCAGGGAAGAGAUGGAGGAGGCUGCCAACAGAGUGGAGAUUUGCAGGGACCAGCUCUCGGCUGACAUGUACAGUUUUGUGGCCAAAGAAAUUGACUAUGCAAACUACUUUCAAACACUAAUCGAAGUGCAGGCGGAGUUCCACCGGAAGUCGCUGACACUUUUGCAGGCUGUGUUACCUCAGAUAAAAGCACAACAGGAGGCCUGGGUAGAGAAACCGUCCUUCGGGAAGCCUCUGGAAGAGCACCUCAUGAUCAGUGGCCGGGAGAUCGCCUUCCCCAUUGAGGCGUGUGUGACAAUGCUGCUGGAAUGUGGGAUGCAGGAGGAGGGACUCUUCCGCGUGGCCCCUUCUGCCUCCAAGUUGAAGAAGCUGAAGGCUGCCCUGGACUGCUGUGUGGUGGAUGUGCAAGAGUGCUCAGCGGACCCCCAUGCAAUUGCAGGAGCUUUGAAAUCUUACCUCCGAGAGUUGCCAGAACCUCUUAUGACCUUUGAACUCUAUGACGAGUGGAUUCAGGCUUCCAAUAUCCAGGAGCAAGACAAGAGGCUUCAGGCUCUGUGGAAUGCUUGUGAAAAGUUGCCAAAGGCCAAUCACAGCAACAUCCGAUACUUGAUCAAAUUCUUAUCCAAGCUGUCAGAAUAUCAAGAUGUCAACAAGAUGACUCCCAGUAACAUGGCAAUUGUGUUAGGGCCCAAUCUCCUGUGGCCGCAGGCUGAAGGGAACAUCACAGAGAUGAUGACCACGGUUUCUCUGCAGAUUGUCGGGAUCAUCGAGCCCAUCAUCCAGCAUGCAGACUGGUUCUUCCCGGGGGAGAUAGAGUUCAACAUCACAGGGAAUUAUGGGAGUCCAAUCCACGUGAACCACAAUGCCAACUACAGCUCAAUGCCCUCCCCAGACAUGGACCCCGCUGACCGGCGACAGCCCGAGCAGGCCCGCCGGCCCCUCAGUGUUGCCACGGAUAAUAUGAUGCUGGAGUUUUACAAAAAGGAUGGCCUUAGGAAAAUCCAAAGCGUGGGCGUGAGGGUCAUGGACACUUCCUGGGUGGCUCGAAGAGGCUCGUCGGCUGGCAGGAAGGCCUCCUGUACGCCACCCACCGUGCAGCCCCCUGCGCCGCCCGCCGAGCUGGUCGCUCCGCUGCCGUCGCCCCUGCCUGAGCAGCCCCCUGAUGGCCCCUCCGUGCCCUCGCUCUCGCCAUCCGGCCUGGGCCUGCAGCCUGGCGCUGAGCGGAUCAGCACUUCUAAAAGCAAGGAGCUUUCUCCAGGCUCUGGGCAGAAAGGAAGUCCAGGUUCCAGCCAAGGGGCACCAUGUGCAGGGGUGCAGCUAGGGGCACAACCGGGCACCAGCCCCAGCCAGCCGCCUACAGACCAGAGCCCUCACACCCUCCGGAAAGUCUCCAAGAAGCUGGCACCAAUACCCCCCAAGGUCCCCUUCGGCCAGCCGGGGCCUCUGACUGAGCAGUCCGCUGGCCAGCCGUCCCCACUCAGCCUGUCUCCUACCCCACCGAGCACCCCUUCGCCCUACGGACUGGGUUACCCCCAGGGGCACUCCGUGGCCUCAGGCCAGCUCUCCCCAGCUGCUGCAGCUCCCCCACUGGCCUCUCCUUCAGCCUUCACAAGCACUUUAAGCAAAUCACGGCCCACCCCUAAGCCCCGGCAGAGGCCCAGCCUGCCGCCACCUCAGCCUCCCACAGUCAGCCUCUCGGCCUCCAGUCCGCAGUCCACGGAGCACCCUGUGCUGGAUGGCAUGUCCCCUGGGGAAAGCAUGUCCACAGAUCUUGUCCACUUUGACAUCCCCUCCAUCCACGUAGAGCUCGGGUCGGCGCUCCGCUUGGGUCCCCUGGAGCACCCGCGGCGGCCCUCGGUGACUGACAAGAGGGACUCGGAGGAGGAGUCUGAGAGCACCGCCCUCUGACGGGGCGCCCCGCCCCUGCCCCGCCUGUGCGCACCUGGGCCUACCGAGCCGGCUGCGUUGGCUCUUUGCUGUCACUGCCGACGCCAGCUUGGAGCUUUGCAGAAAACUCUCGUUUCCGGCCCGUGUGGCAAAUGGUGGUGGUGCGGAUUUUGUUUGUUCCCUUCAGGUGGUGACUUUGGCCUUUUGUUUAUCUUUGCCUUUUGACUUUGUGCCUAUUUUGAUCCACUCUCAGCCUCCAUGCCAAGAAACACCCUUCUCCACCCAAAGGCCUGCCCAUCAGAAUGUUCUUUGCAGUGGGGGGUGUAAAGGGCAGCCACGUGUACUCUGAUGGCAAGUUAAUGGCUACAGGACGGAAACAGGAGCACAGGGCACCCCUUCACUCACAGCGGACUGGGUCUGGAAUGUAGAAGUCCUGGGCACUGACUUCUCCCUGCUGUACAAGGAGGGGCCAGCCAGGGUACACACCUUGAAGGCCACCCUCAUUCCAUGGGCUCCAAAGUAAAUCACUUAAAAUAAACUUUCACUUCCUAACAAAUUUUCCCCCACAUUGUCUGUGACUACCUUACCAUUUUAUACUUUUCUGAAUUUAAAAAAUGAUCUUGAGGGUGUCUAAAGGGCCCAAGGAUAGCUCCUCACACUCCCCACCAAAAACAUCAGAUGUUUGAGAUGAUUCCAUGGACCCCCAGGAGCCUGCCCCUUCUUUUCAGAGGUCACAGUGAAUAGCAAUAAAUGUUACCCAAAGCACGUAGGGGAAGCGAGCAGUCCACGGAGACAGGCCAGCCCUUUUGCCCCGCGGUGUGGUGUGCCUGCUCACCAGCAUCAGCGGCCGAUUUUUCCUCCUGGAGUCCCAUCUGAUCUAGGGAGGAGGGCCAGGGGGCCCUGGGGAGCCUAGUCACACAUUGGGGUUAAGGGAGCAAGAAGCAGAUCCAGUUAUGCAUGCACGGUCAAACUUUACAAUUUUAUCCUUUUAACAUACGAUAAACCUAUACAGGAUAUAAUAUUUGUACAUAUGAAAUCUCUAUAUUUGUUUGAUUUGAGUCAUUCAAUCUAAACCAAUGUAUAGGUGUACAAUGAGAAAUUUAAAUGCUUAGUUAUUUUCCCAACAAUGUAAAAUAACCCUUCUCUGACAGCAGGAUUUGCAAACUUUUGAUGUUAACAGCUUUGCUCACUUCUUGGCAAGGGCGGUUCAGUACCCAAUUUGCCCAGGGGUUGAAAGCUACCUUUAAAUACAUGUACAAAUAGUUGUCAAAAGUAAUGUUAUUAAAAUAGAUUUAUUAUC